AUGGUUGUUGAGGAACGAGUGGUUAGUAUGCUAACGGAUCCUCGAAUUCAUUUCCAUGAAAUCGAUCGGUUCAUUGUUCUUAAAUUUGAUGAAAACGUUUUUGCCAAAAUUGCCCACUUUUACUCAUGGCUAGAAGAGGAAAAAGAAAUCGCAAAAAACAUCGUACGCGAUGAAACUGGUUAUCUUCGCUUACCAAAAACACCGACACGUGGAUACUGUUUUCAACAACAAAUGAAAGAUUUUACAGACAUUAGAAAAAUAUCUAAAAUGGCUCAUGAUCCACAUGCUCUAAAGUCUUCUAAACAUGCAACUGUGAGAGUUAUUAAAACUGAACAGAAGUCGCUUAGCAAAGCAAGCGUUUCGAAAACACCGGUUCGUCUGGCACUAACUCCAAGAAAAUUCGUUUUGGAGCAGCAAACACCACUUAAGAGAAUGAAAAAUACUCCAAUUUCACCUUCUCGAAUUACUACACCAUUAUGUACUCCAGUUCGGAAUGUAGCAACUUCGAGAAUUGUGGCUAAUGCGAAAAGUACUGUUGAAAAAAUUGUCGCUUCUCCAAGAAUAAAUGAUAAACAAAUUACAGUUGGCCCUAAAACGGUUAUGCAGUCAGUAUUCAAAAGAUCAGAAGUAAUACGUAAAAUCGAGAAAAGAGCGAAUACUGUUAUUAAAAAUAAAGAAGAACUAAUGAAAGAAAAGGCUGAGCGUGCUAGAAGAGAUCGUGAGGAACGUGCACUGCGUGUAAAAAUGAAUAACAAAAAGAAAGAAGAAGAAGCGCUAGAAAAGUUACGACUGAUGAAAAUUCGUGAACAGCAGAUUGAAGCAAUUAAAGUGAAACAGCGAGCAUCUCAGAGAAUUGUUUCUAAAUCUCCUUGUCGCACCAGGGGUUAUUACAGUCGUAUGCAGAAACCCUUAGCUUUUGUUGGAUCUUUGCAUGAUAUCUCCACAGCAAAGAGUGCAGUCAAAAAAGAAGUGUUGGUUAUCGACAAGGAAAAACCCAAACUUCAUGGGAAAAGAAAUUUGAAUCGCAGUUUUCGACAGAGUAGAGAUGGUUACAAUAAACGGUGCAAACUAAAUUCGUUGGAAUCCAAUACAAAAAGUGUUACUGACAGAAGUCUCGAAGAGAUGAGGACUCCUAAAAAAAUAUCAAGCGGGAAACAUGUAGAUAAUCAGACCAACAUUAAUUGUGCGGUAGAUAAUUGUCUGGUAGAUAAUGAUGAAAAAAAAUUAAGGAAAAGUUCAUCACAAAGUAGUAUCCGCUGUGCUGAAGAGCAAGAAGGUUUAACCGUCAAUGAAAAUAUCUCUAGUGCUGACAUUAUGAUGGAGUCUUCUGUAACUGCUGAUACGAUGUGUGAGGAGGAGAAAAAUUUGCACGCAACCUCGCCAAACAAGAAAAAUGAUGACGCAAUUUUGAAUAAAAAUGAUGGAAACGAUCAAACAUUGGAAAAGAGCAUGGAUAUAUCAGUCGUGGAAAGUACUAACGUUAUUGGAAAUAAUUAUAAUAUUGAUGAUUUGUCGUCCAAUGAUGAAACAGAUGAUGAAGAUAAUCCACGAAAGCCUAUUCCUCUCUGGGCGAUGGGCGAUCAGCUACGAAAUGCUCUGCAAGAACAGUUUUCAAACUCUCAAAUUAAUCCUGAUGUAGUGUUUGGAACUAUACAACCACCUAUACUGAAGGAGAUUUUCGGAAAGAAUUAUGCAGGUCCCAAUAAACGGACAUCUUCUGCUAAAUGGUCAUCACCGUUGAGUAAUCCAAAAGUAGGGACAAGUAAAUUUUUCGAGUUACAAGACGGAAAGACCGACGCCAAAUUAUAA